AUUUUCUCCCUCGUUUGGCUUUGAGAAGCAAACAGAUGAAAAACCAGUGUGUGUAAGCAAUUGGAGAAAGGGUGAAUGGUGGCUUCUGCUGAAUCCAAAAGGGGAAAAAACAUAAACUCUCAACUGUAAUAACUGUCAGAUCACAAACUCAAUUUCCCCAAUCGGUAGGAACGAAGGAUUUUCCUUACAAGAUUGAUCGGGUCGGAUCCGAAUCAGAUCCUUAGAUCUGAGUAUGGAGAUACUGCAAGAAUCUGGGUGGGAAGAACUACGCAAAGAGGCUCGCAAGAUCGAAGGUGAUCUUGAUGUUAAGCUCUCUUCUUAUGCAAAGCUUGGUGCUAGGGUCACACAAGGAGGUUAUGUAGAAGCUGGUUCCCCAACUUUAGGAUCCAGCAGGUCGUGGAAGUCCACGGAAAUGGAGAUUCAGUCAUUACUUGAGAAACUACUAGAUGUAAAUGAUUCUAUGAGUAGAUGUGCAGCAUCUGCAGCAUCUACCACUUCUGUUACACAGAAACUGGCAAGGCACAGGGACAUACUUCAUGAAUUUACCCAGGAAUUUAGGCGUAUUAAGGGAAAUAUAAGCUCAAUGAGGGAACAUGCUGAACUUCUUAGUUCUGUGAGAGAUGAUAUCAGUGAGUAUAAGGCAUCAGGGAGUAUGUCCCCCAAAAUGCAUAUACUGAGGGAGAGAGCUGCACUACAUGGAAGCAUAUCUCAUAUUGAUGACGUGAUUAACCAAGCUCAAACAACUAGGGCUGCCUUGGGUUCUCAAAGAGCUUUAUUUGGUGAUGUUCAAGGAAAAGUGAAACAACUGGGCGACAAGUUUCCUGUCAUCCGCGGGCUAAUUGGCUCAAUUAGAAGGAAGAAAUCAAGGGAUACACUCAUUCUAUCAGCAGUCAUUGCAGCUUGCACUUUGUUUCUUAUUAUCUAUUGGCUCUCGAAGUAAUAGGUAUAUCUGUUGAUACAAGAAAAUUCAGAAGACAAUGAUUUCUAAGGAAUUUUGCACUUCUAGUCACUGCCAUUUCCCUGAUAAGUGAAAAUCUUGAGUUCAUUACUAUAUAGCCUUUCUGUUUACUUCUGACUUCCUUUUAAGCAAUAUUACUCAGUGUUCCAUGGACAAUUCCACCCGGAGAAAACAAAUUUGGGUUGUAGCUUAACUUAGCUUGCUGCCUCUGUACCAAAAGACAUUAAGAAACAUCCACCAAGUGACUAGGAUAGAAGAUUAGAAGGCUUGUUGCUCUACCAAGAUUACGAUACAAAUCCUGCUUACCUUUGUAGCAAUUAUUUUUAGCUGUAGCAAGAAUAAAACCAAUUCAGAUAUGGUAAUUAUGGGUGUUGUAU